UCACCAACAACCACCAUGCCCACGUUUGCAUCUAUUGCCGACUUGCUCGCCUCGCCAUUUGAACUUGAUUUUCCAUGUCAAUAUGCAUCGCUCGGGCGUAUCCGAACCUCAGAAAUAUCUUUUCAGAGUGACGAGCACGAAACGGAAUCUCGGACCAUCUACUCAGUCUAUCCAUCCCUAAUAGAGUGUGUUUUGCGUAACUUAGCAUCACCCUACUCCAAAUACAGGGAUCUUCAAGCUCUCUAUGUUCCAACGAUCGGCGAUUUCAUAGACAUUGACAAAGACACACUGACAAGAUUGGAAGGGAAAGUCAUCGAGGCCGCGCAGAGGCUACGGGCCAAACCGUUAUCAAUGUCCCUCACGAUGAACGCAUUACAGUUUGUAUGGGCAUUCGUGCCUGUCAAGCAGGAUCCUUCACGCGUCCCUUCUUCCUCCUCUACAUCAUCACGUACCUCCUCAGAGUUCUGGGACCACUGCGAAGAGCCCACUAUUUUUUUUUCACCCAUCCUUGACAUCUUAUUGAGGAAAUGCUCUUCUUGGGAAGAACGUUGCCAUGUCCUUGCGCAGGGUAUAAUUGUCUGCUGCAUAGAGCUCGGACGUUUGUUUCCCCGUUUUGUGUGUGGUUUUCAUCUCUCAAUUACAGGUUUCACAACUCCAUUUCAUCUAGAUUUAUGGGAACGACUCUCGGCGGAUACCUGAAAGUCACAAGUUACAAUGGAGCUCACGAGUGGAUGGAUGCAUUGGAGAAGGUGGUGAAUGGGUAGAGGAACAAAUUACGGGUGGUACUCACUUCUCUAUCCUCAAUGGUAUCGAAUACACUGAACAUUCGGCUUCGGUCCAACCCAAUCAACCGCACGGCUUUCGCAUAUCUGGACAGACCUUGCGAAGUGGUCACAACAAAGAAGUCGUGAUCGAUGAUGAGAGGGUAUCAGAAUUUCUGAGAUAUUUCCUCAAGGAAGACGAAAAUGCCAUGAUUGCAAUCCCUCUUCUUCCCAAUUCUCGGUG